GUUAAAACGGGCUGAUAUUUAUUCUGGUGCCACCAUGUUUUGUCAUUAGUGUUGCAAAAUGCAUUUCAAACUGCUGGUAACUAUAGUGUCCUUAAGCAUAAUAAAUUGUGCUCAUGCUGCUCUAGAAAUAGAGGAGAGAUAUAACGAUGCCAGCGAUGCCUGGGGUGUGUGGAUCAGAAAUGAGCACGAUAAAUACUGGGACAACAUAACAACGAAAGAGGAAGCCAAAGAGAGGAACCAAGUAUGUGGCGAUUACGCGUACGGAAAAGGUGAUGCCGCAACCUGGAAGACAUAUGGGUACUUGAUAUCGACGGUGUGGUUCAGAAGUCGUGCCGCCAUUGACGACGUCUUCAGUACUUGGCACAGCUUCAACAGCAAAUACAUCUACGCCUAUCUUUUGUGCUACAAAAGUCCUGAUGCUUAUUUGUACAUUAAAAAAGUUGAUUUUUAAAUAAAAAUUACCGAAAAUUUUGGUAAAAUACA